GCGCGUCAGGCGAGCGCUCGAGUAGAACCUGAAUAAGAAACGACAAGUGGGUCUCCGUUCGGUGACAUCGAGGAGAUCGUGUGAGGAAAAGAUUAUAGGCAAUGGGCAGUCGUGGGCGUAGAAAAUCAGAGAGUAGAACUAAGUGGAGAUGUGUUGUUGCAGCUCUAUAUCCCACUCGGAACCCAAGGGAACAAUUAUGGUAAUGUGCCUAUGCUUUUAUGUUCUGAAUAGGCUUUUCUGAUUCCACUUAGUGCUAAGCAGUGGAUACAAGCGACUCCUACGCCCCCACUGACUGCAGUUCAGAUGAAACGAAGGAUGAGUUCUACCAAAAGCUGUCUAGUUUGGUGCGAAAGGCUAAACGCUCAGACAUAGUCGUUCUAGCUGGUGACUUUAACGCUCAAGUAGGGAAAUUGUGUCAAUCUGAGAAGGAUGUCGGUGGCACCUAUGGAGCUCCGUGCCAGCGAACCGACAACGGUGACCGUCUCCUACAGUUCUGCUCUGAUAAUCAUUUGUUUCUUGUAAGCACUAACUUUAAACACAAGGAGAGACACUGUUUGACUUGGAGACCCCCUUCAUCAAACCAACGCUGGACACAAAUAGACCACAUAGCAAUAAGCUAUCGUUGGCGUGGGUCGGUAGGAGAUUGUCGCUCCUUCUGGAACACGUGCGUAGAUACCGACCAUGCACUGGUCCGCGCUCGGGUGUGCUUACGACUGAACGGACGUAGGAAACAGCUGGCGGUAAAACCAUCACGUCCCCAGCUCGAUCAGGAAACUAAAUCCGUAUUUCAGGAAGAACUAGCUAAACACAUAUCUGUGUUCGACAGCUGUGCUCACCCUGAAGAAGCUUGGAAAAAUAUCCAGGCAGCCAUAGAUACAGCUGUAAAAGCUGUGAAUAAGGUAAACCCAAAGGUGAGUAAAAACCACUGGAUCUCCACCGCCUCAUCCGAACUGAUAGAUGCUAGAAGACUUAUUCCGGCGAGCUCCGAAUUCAAUGAGGAGCGAAAGCUGCACAAGAGGAAACUUACGAAAAGUCUCCGCAAGGACCGUGAACAGUGGUGGGCGACAAAAGCCAAAGAGAUGGAGAAAGCUUUGAGGAUAGGCAACACCAGGCAACUCUUUGGACUCAUCAGGGAAACGGGUGGGAGAAGACAAAUCAUUAGUGAGACAAUCUCGGAAAAAAAUGGCACUAUAAUUAGCUCACAGGAUAGACGACUGGAUCGUUGGAAAGAGCAUUAUGAGGAGCAGUUUAAUUUGCCCACAGCCACGCUCAACCUUCCGAGCAUCCAACACCUCCCUGAAUGGGAUAUAGACACAGGUCCUCCGUCACUAACUGAGGUUACUAAAGCUGUCACCAAUCUGAAACUAGGCAAAGCAGCGGGACCUGAUGGAAUGACGCCAGAGGUAUUUAAGUACGGUGGAGACAGCUUACUGUCCGGAUUAACUGAGGUACUAGGCAGCGUCUGGGAAUCAGAAGAAGUCCCAUCGGGUUGGUGUAAGUCACUGAUUAUCCCCAUAUACAAGAAGGGAGACAAGUCUUCCUGUGAUAAUCACAGAGGGAUUAGCUUGACUAAUAUAGUAUCUAAAGUCUUAGGCUCAAUAAUCAUGCGUAGACUGAGUGGUGCUCGGGAAGCACAAACACGAGAGAGCCAGGCAGGCUUUAGACCAGGAAGAGGGUGUAUUGAUCAUAUCUUCACCCUCCGACAGAUUCUAGAACAUAGGCAUUCCUACCGGCGUCCAACAGUCAUUAUAUUUCUUGACCUAAAGGCAGCAUUCGACUCUGUCGAUCGGGAAGUUCUCUGGAGAUGCUUGGCUGUAAAGGGAAUUCCAAGAAAAUAUAUUGCACUGAUUAAGGCACUCUACUCGUACUCAUACAGCCAGGUGAGGGCUUACGGCGAGCUGUCAUCUGAACUGAUGACGACCAGUGGUGUCCGUCAAGGAUGCCCAUUAUCUCCUUUUCUAUUCAACUUCAUCAUAGAUGUGUUAAUGGACUUAACCCUAGGUGACUUCAGCGACUCAGGGAUUGACUUGCUACCGGGGAAUAAUCUCGUUGACUUGGAAUAUGCAGACGAUAUAGUCCUUCUAGGCGAAGACGCUGACGAAAUGCAGAGUCUUCUAAACACCUUGAGCCGCAAUCUACGAAUGUUUGGCAUGCGAUUCGCUCCCGCCAAAUGCAAGAUGAUGUUACAGGACUGGACUACAUCGACGCCUAGUUUAAAAAUAGGAAGUGAAGUGGUAGAGCACGUUGACCGCUUCACUUAUUUGGGAAGUACCAUCAGCCCCAACGGGCUGAUCUCUGACGAAAUCUCAGCACGAAUACAAGGGGCUCGUUUCGCAUUUGUUAGUUUACGCCGACUCUGGCGUAGACGAGAUGUUCGACUAUCGACCAAAGGGCGGGUGUACUGCUCAUCAGUCCGCUCCGUCCUCCUUUAUGGUUGUGAGACCUGGCCACUGAGAGUGGAAGACAUGAAAAGACUAGCUGUCUUUGAUCAUAGGUGCCUGCGUUCUAUUUCCCGUGUAAAGUGGCAUAAUAAGGUGAGCAACAUGGAGGUUAGGCGUAGAGUUCUAGGUAAACAGGGGAAAUCAAUCGACGAAGUCGUGAAGCUACAAAGACUGAGAUGGUUAGGACAUGUGUUACGUAUGCCAAGCCAUCGCCUCCCUCGACGAGCAAUGUUAGCGGAUAUAGGGUCAGGCUGGAAAAAAGCUAGCGGCGGUCAAACAAAAACUUGGCAUCAGUCAAUGAAAUCCACAACAGUUGGUCUAAGCCACGUAGGAAGGUGUAGACUUCCAGGCUGGGGUCCUCGGGACGGUAAAAAUCUAUGGUUGGAAACAAUUGGUGACAUGGCUCAAAAUCGUUCUCAGUGGCGCAGAUGCAUCCACUCCUUGUGACUUAUGAUCUUCAAUGAAACUGUUUUGUAUUUCUUUAUUACUCCUUUGUCUCACACCUCUGCUCACUGUUUCUAUUAUGCUUUUCUUGUACUUUCUUCUCUUGCUUCGCGUGCUACACGGAAUGUGGCGACUUGAACUUCCGCACAUUUGUGCAAAGUUCUAUGUCGAAAACAGACAGACAGACAGAUACAAGCGACUGUACAUUCGGUUGUUUAUGCAAAGAGGAGACAUUUUGCGAUAUAGCUGAACAAGUUUUCCAACCAUACUUUUAUUCUAAUGAUGUAACACAAGGUUUUAUCAAUACAGUGGUCUCUUUUCACGUGCGUCGGUGGCAUAGUGGUUAGGACUCUCACCGACCAUGCACAUGGUCCGAGGUUCGAGCCCGCACCGACGCACAUCUGAUAUCUAUGGUCGGCCUGCAAAAUUUGGGCUACCGAUAUCCAUGCUGAAAAUUCCAAUUGUACCAAAAAUACAGUGUGGAAUCAAGCUGUAAAUC